AUGCGCAUUCGAAUUCGUGGUCCUUCGGGCAUGUCCCAGGUUAGCAUGCCGGAGACAGCAACAUGGGGAGAACUCAAGCAUGAGAUAUCUUCAAAGACAUCAGUCGGCGACUUCGAUGUCAAGUACGGAUACCCACCACAAAAUCUGGACACAACAAGCAUUGACAACGAAACAAAACUGACCGAUGUUGGCAUCAAGCUGGAUGGCGAACAACUCAUCAUCAUGCCACGCGAUGUUCAGCAGUCGUUGCAUAACCCCAUGUCCGGCCACGUGGAUCCUCUAAAUCAUGGAACCUUGCCUUCCUUGAAGAAUAUCCAACCUCCUAAGCACAAUGUUGGCGACUUUCCUUCUAGCUCGACAAAAGCAGAACAAGCCGCACUUUCACUCCAAAGGAAGCCCAACGAUGUGGAGAGUGACCCACCCGAGGUGCCUGUGCCUGGCCUUGAAGGUGUUCUCGUUCUUCGUGUUAUGCCGGAUGACAACAGCUGUAUGUUCAGAGCUCUAGGUAGCGCUGUCCUGGGUGACGCGCUCGAUAGUAUGAACGAGUUGCGCUCGAUGGUGGCUCAGACAAUCCAGUCCAAUCCUGAUCUGUACACGGCUGGUAUGCUCGAGAAAGCACCGGAUGACUACUGCCGUUGGAUCCAGCGUGAGGACUCAUGGGGAGGCGGUAUUGAGCUCGCGAUCCUGUCCCAACAGUUCGACAUCGAGAUCUGCAGCAUCAACGUACAGGACUUGCGCAUUGACCGUUUCAACGAAGGCAAAUCGAGACGCUGCAUCUUGAUCUAUUCUGGUAUCCACUACGAUGUUGUUGCCGUCUCACCUGGUCAAGGCACGAGCCCCGAAUUCGAUAGAAAAGUCUUCGAGGUCGCACAGAUCGAGGGUAUGGAAGGCGAAGAUGGUGGAGCUUUGCAGGCUGCUAGAGAGCUGUGUCAGGUCUUGCAGCAGAGACACUACUUCACCGAUACGCAUGGCUUCACCAUCAAGUGUAACAUUUGCGGCUGGACUGGUAAGGGAGAGCAGGGUGCCACAGAGCAUGCCAAGCAGACAGGGCACAUGAACUUUGGCGAAGCAUGA